AUGUCAGAAUGGAAGGCCAUUGAAUCGGCUCAUGCACUUGCUUUCAAGUUGCAAUGCCCCAUGCCGCAUGUGAGAAAGGUGAAGACUCCAUUGAAGAGUGGCACGUCACAUCGAACAAGACCGUUUCAUGUUCGCUUUGAUGAUGCGGUGGAGGUUUUCAGUGGUCACGAGUUGCACAGACUCGUUGUUCCCCAUCGAGCGUUGUAUGAAUGGCCUGGUAAGCCAUGGGCGCUUGUGGAUGAUUGCACGGAAUUGACGCCUGAAGUUCUGAAACUUCAAGCUCGAAGGCCGCAUGUUCCCGUUGCAUGGCCUGUUUUGCCUUGGAUCAAAGCUCCUGGUGAUGCCAGUUGUGAUCGCUUUGCUCCAAUGGCCAAGUAUAGUAUCAUGGAUGGUUUUCAGCAUUUUCACCAAAUUCCUGCAGAUCAUGCUGACCCUCCACAUGCACCUCAUGCACAUGGGCCUGGAAAUCCUGCAAGUGCACAAGACUUUACUGACAGUAUGAUCUCAGCUCUAGACCCCCUUUGGAUGAGUCCUACAGCUUUGAUGUCGGAUGGGCUACGUGUACGUACAUGGUACCUACAUCAUGAGACAAGGUUGCACAAUGACCAGUAUCGUAUUGUCCGUCUUCCUCCUGAACGAGCGAAUUGGGUGGAUUAUUUGACGGACGCCUGGAGUGAUCUGUUGGAUGACUCCGUGCCGACAGCCUUCACACUUCCAAAUCCAAUGCCAAUGAGAGGUCCUGCAGAUCAACUCAUUGCUCUGGACGUGAUUUUGGCGCAAGGUCUUCAUCAACCCCGAUUUUCUGGUCUUGUGACAGUACAGUACAUGGAUGACCAUGAUGGGCUUGGUGAGCACCCGGUAGCAGCUUCAUUUCCGCCUAUGGUGAAUCGAUACCAUAUUCUGGAGGCAGCCCAAGUUCUGCAGACUUGUCAAGGACCCUAUGGCCGAGUAUGUCAUAUUUUUCAUGGAUGGCGUAUGUUGCCAAGUGGAGGUGAUGCCACCCAUCGGAUGCGGCCUGGGCAUUCCUUUACAAUUCAAAUUCCAAAUGAUCCAAACUUGGAAAGUGCGGCUGCUCAUGCUGGUGAAGUCUCGACCUCUGGCGUUUCAGCACAUGGCAUGCCAACCGGUCACAGUGAGGACUUCUUUGUGACAGGACCUGGUGAUGGAGAUCAGGAUCCACCUGAAGAUGACCCGCCUUCGGCAUCUCCUCCAUCUGCUGAGCCUGAUCAUUCUGCUGGACCAUUGUUCAACUGUCAUUUUUAUCGGCUUCGGCAUCCACCGUUGCAUAUGUUCAUGCGUAAUGCUGCAGGUGUGCCCAUGCUGAUGGAGCUUGCACGAAAUCUGGAAAUCGUCCCGGCCAGUCUCCUGCAAGCUCACAAGAUUUUGACCCAGAUGGUGGGAGAUCAACGAGAUGACUUUUCUUUCAUCAUCCAAUCGGUGACGGACAUUCCAACGGCUUCCUCGGAUGCGCUUGUCAUCAUUGACGUGGAAGUGCAUUUUCAUUUGACAUCAGCUGGCAUUCACCCGUUGCCCGCUGCUACCAGAAGAGUUCAUCGUGUUCCUCGACAUCUUGGACGUGAAGGUGUACUCCACUAUGCAGGAGUACGGCAAUAUUGCUCAUGGCAAAAUGAUGCAUGUUUGGUGGAGCUCAAUGGUCGUGUUUGGCCGGCUCAUCAGGCAGCACCUCAGGUCAUGCAGCAUGGUGCAUAUUUGCGAGUCUGUGUUCCGCCGCCUGACUCCCAGAUGAAUACGUUGCAGGCGAUUCAUGUCACUGAGCGUCAGGGAAGCACAGUUCAGCCUCUUACUUCUGGGCCUUCAGUUGCUCCUUUUCCUGCUCCGCUACCAUUUACCUCAACAUCCACUACCACGGUGCCCGAAGACACUACGCUCAGAGUCUUCCCGGUGCCCAUGGACAACCACUGGUUUGAGCCGCUUGAUGACACCUUUGAGGCAGAAGCGAUGCAGGAAUUUCUGGAAGAAGGACCCAUCCUCUAUGUCUGGACUUGGUACGUGCAUCAUGAAUUGCAUCCAGAAUGUAAUGCACCACGGGUGGUCAAAUUGGACAGCUUUAAGCACUUAUGGGGACAAGAUUUGCUUACGCCUUGGCAGUCGACUCUUCAUGGAACGGAUCCCUUGCAAAUCAAGAUUGAUGGUCAUCGACCUCCUCAUGCGACCACUACAUUGGACGCAGUGCAUGUCAUGAUUGAACAGAAGCCACGUGAAGCGCAAGCUGCAGUUGUCUUGUCUGCGGUAAUGCAAGGGGAUCAUGAAGAUCAUCUUCUACAAGCUGCUUAUUCUGUCCCUCGUUGGCUGUGUACUGAGGAUAUCAUUGACAUCCUUCGCAUCAAUCAUGUCUGUGAAACAAGGCGGUGUUCUGCCCGCUCUGGUGUGGCACAUUUUGAGCGUUUUAUUCGUCACGAUGUCCCAGAUGCAGCGAGUAUUGAACUUCAUGUCAGACUACCUCAUUGUCAUGGAGACCGUCAGGCUGCAAGUUCCUCGGAACCAUUUGUUCCAAGACGUGUCAUGCCAACCACAGCCAACUCCCUGCUCCAACUUCGACUUGUACGACAUGAUGUCCGCUCUCGUCGUGCUGAAGUACAUGAGGAUGCAUGUUUGGUGAAACAAGUUACACUGAUCGACACGAGUUCUUCUACCAUGCCUUUGGGUUCCAUGACAGAACAGCCAGCAGCGCUGCAUUGUCCAGCUGUAGCACAUCCUGGGGGUGAUGGCCCUGUUGACAAAGUUGAUGGAGAUCAUGAACGUGUCCAGCACGAAAUGCAGCAUAUCGCGGCCAUUCGCACCCGUGCUGUUCCGGUUCCUCCAGGGCAACCACAGAUGAUCCAUGAUUUGCACAUGCUGCUAUUUAGCAAUGAGCAAGAGUUGCAGGAGCGCCCUCCUGAGGCUUUUGUCAUCUCCACAUGGUAUGCCGAUCACCUCCGACGACCUCAUAGUGGAAUAUGUCGAGACGUGCGUCUUACUGGCGAUGUUGGCACCUGGUAUCAUGAGAUCGUCAUGAUUUGGGACGAUUGGAUGGAUCCCUUUGCAGAGUUGACUGGAGUGAUUGUUCACCCUACCCCGCAUGAUGGGCAGGCUGAAGUUCAUGCACAUCUUGUCUUGGUACAACAUGUGCAGCCAACCAUGUGCUCGAUUGUUGUUGCCAUUGUUGACACCUUGGAUGACCCGUGGCAUCCACGGUUGCUAUGUUUGACCACGCCAUGUGACCUAUCGCAUGCACAGCUGAGAAGUUACAUUGACUUGGACGGCAUUUGUGGCACAGUUCCACCCAGAGCACUCUGUCGAACGUUGUUGGGCGAUCGUGAUCUCACUGAUCUACCACGAUUUGAUGUCACGCAUGGCAUGCAUUUGAUUUUUCAUAUCCAGCGUGAGGUACAGCUUCAGGCCACUACUGCUUUGGAAACAGCACAUGUAGCGGUUCUUGACUCAGAAGAUGAUGAGCACAUGAACCUGCUUCAACACACUGCUCAGCGGAAAGUGAUCAACCUCGAAGCGAAUAUUCCAGCACCUCGCUUUACCACUGUUGAUUGCCAACGUGUUUUGUUCCUGCGUGAGCAACUACGAUUGGGACUUGGAUUGCGGCCUUCAGUUGAUCUGCGUCAGGUUUGGUGGCAUGAGGCCACAUGGCAACAACUUGGUGCUGUGCCCCUUUGGCAAGAUGAAAAAGUUCUCGGUGCAACCUUUUACACUGAUGGAUCUGCGUGGCGCUCCAGUGGCCGUGCAGCUGCAGGUGUCUUUUUGAUCGUCCAUACCGAAGAUGGCAUGCGACAUGGUGGAUUUAUGAGUGCUCCUUGCCUUGGUUCUGCUACAGCACCAAGAGCGGAGGCUACUGCUCUAGUGUUAGCCGCAUUAUGGAUCCACCAGCUUGCAGCCUCACUUCCAGCAGUUCAACCCUGGUUCGAGAUUGCGUUUGACUGUGUGCAUACCGCCAAUAUUGCACAAGGAUGUCAAGCUGCACAUUGUAACUCUGAUGUUCACAUUGUGCUGCGAUCUUUGAUCCACUGGCUUGAGGUUGUCCUUCCGUGGCCAAUCUAUUGGACACACAUCCAAAGUCAUCAAAGUCAUCCUUGGAAUGAGGCUGCUGACACAGUUUGUCGACAUGCGCUGCAGCACCAUUCUUUUACCACCUCUCUUGUGGAGUGGUUUGACAUGUACACGUUCCAGGGCAAUGAUACAUGUGCUUGUCAAUGGCUUUGGUUGAUCGAGAAAUCUGUGCGGCAUCAUGAAGAUGCACCUACCCUAGUGGGAACGCACUGGAGAUUCAAUGUGGAGCAACCGUUUCAGAUGCCUCCGUCUGAUGAUUUUCAUCCUGCGAUGUUGCGUCGUUUCCAAGCUUUGCCAGACAGUCCUGAAAGUCACCCUGUUCGGUUGCGUUUUGCAACGGCCAAUGUCAUGACCAUGUUUCCUGGACAAGACUUUGCUUCGGGUUAUUUGGGUGCUCGUGCUGAAGCCUUAGCUGCUCAGUUCAUGAAUGAACGUCUUCAUGUCAUUGGUCUUCAGGAGACUCGUGCUCGCAUGACCGGGCACUCGUUCUUUCAACAGUUUCACGUUCUUUCUGGCCCAGCGACUGCACGUGGACAAGGUGGAGUUCAACUCUGGUUGCGCAAAUCCAUCCCCACAUUUGGUGGAACCAUUGAUAUCGAUACGACUGAUCUUCGUAUCUUGCAUGCCACCUCGCGCCGUCUGUUGGUCCGAUGGGCACAUCCUGGAUGCAAACUUCUCUUCUUAGUGGUGCAUGCUCCUUCGGAUGAUGAAGAGGACGUCCUGCAGACGUUUUGGGACGCCACGACUGCAGCAAUACCUGCUGCCUAUCGUCAAUGGCCAAUGGUUCUGCUGACUGAUGCCAACAGUCGAGUUGGCAGUGUGACAUCUCCCUGCAUUGGUCCACAUCAAGCUGAUGAUGAGAACAACAAAGGUGCUCAAUUUCACACGUGGCUCGCCAACCAUGAUCUUUUUCUGCCUCAGACCUUUGCGGAGUGUCAUGAUGGACCGGCUCCCACUUGGACACAUCCCAAAGGCACAUCAGCUCGUUUGGACUAUAUUGCAGUUUCCAACAACUUUCCACAUGAUGGCGUGUCUACCUGGGUUAGCACACACAUUGAUUUGGCUCUUCAUCGCCGUGAUCAUGAUUGUGUUUGUGCUGAGCUUCAGCUUGAGUUCUUCCCAGCUGACCGAAGACCUCGUCACACCCGUGGAAGCAAGGUGCAGGAUGCCCCACUGGAGGUCACAUGGGCGACUGAUGUUCACACGCAUGCUGCACGAUUGCAACAUUGGAUCAAGCAGUGGAACCCAAAACCCAGAAUUUGGCGCAAGCGUCAUCUCUCUGAUGAUACCAAGCAAUUGAUUGAUGCAAAGAGGCACCAUUGGAAAUGUCUCAAUGCUGCACGCCGUCAUCAUUCUCGUGGUCUGCUUCGAGAGCUCUUUGCUGCAUGGCGUCAACCCCAUCAGGUGACCCGAUCUUUUCAAGGAUGGAGACGUGACUGUGACCGUGCGUACGCAUGGCAUCUUUGGGCAUAUGAAGAUCUGGCACCAAGAGUCGUGCAGGCUGUUCGCACAGAUGACUGCAUGUUUUACGAAAGCUUGGCUGCGCAAGCAGGAUAUGAGUCCUCCAAGAAUGCACAGUCACUCUGGAAAACCUUGCAGCCUUUACUUCCCAGGUGGAGAAGUAAGAGAAAAUCCAAUCUCAGAUGUACCGGCCCGUCCUUGGAAGACCAAUUUGCACAUUACGAUGCAUUGGAAGCUGGACACUGCGUGCCGUAUGGCGAACUUCUUCAACAAUGCCAUGCCGCCCAACACCAGGCUUUGGAUGAUAUUCCUCUGCAAAUUUGUUUGGAAGCUUUACCCUCACGUUUUGCCGUGGAAACAUUGGGCUGCCGCAUCAAGACAGGCAAGGCAUCAGGCAUGGACUUAGUUUCGCCAGUGGCAUUGCAGCAUGCUUGCCGCCAACAUUCUGACAUUCUCCACGCCUUCAUGAUGAAGGUGUGGAUCUUGGGCGCAGAACCCAUUCAGGGGAAGGGAGGAAUCCUCCACCCGAUUGCCAAGAAAGAAGUGAGUCAGAAAAUCGAUGGCAUGAGAGGGAUCAUGUUGAUCGAUGGCAUUGGUAAGUUGGUCCACUCGCAUCUGCGUGGCCAAUUCCUACCGGCCUUGGAGCAUUUCCGGCUGCCGCUUCAAUUGGGUGGCUUUAGACGGAGUUCCACGUUGUUUGGCACCAUGUAUGUGCGUGCCUUCACUCAGCUUGCGGCGCAGCAUGUGGUUUCCUCUGCCAUCAUCUUCGUGGACAUCCGAAGUGCGUUUCACUCCAUGGUCCGGCAGUUGAUAUUUGGUGGCGCUGACACCCUGCAUCCCAAACUGCAACAAGUCUUGACCGACAAUGGCAUUGACUUGACCGUGCUGGGUGCCAAAUUGGCAAAGGAGCCUCCCAUUGAUUCAGCCCCGCUUCUUCAGCCAGCAGCGAGACUCAUUCGGGAUGGGCAUUGUUUUACUUGGUAUGCGCUUGGUGCUUCUGAUGCCGUUCAUCAAACAGAACGUGGAAGUCGACCUGGCAGCCCCUUAGCAGAUGUUGCUUUCAACAGCCUCAUGGCAGUUGUCUUGCAAGACUUUCAGACCCAUUUGGAUCAGUUCUUGCCGAUACAAGCUGCAUUCUCACAUUUGGGACUUCGGGCAGCUCCGGUUGCCUGGGUUGAUGAUCUUGCCGUACCGGUUGCUGCACUCAAGGCCAAUGAUCUGGUUUCGACCAUCGCUUGGACUUUACAAACCACGAUUGAGGUUUGCGCAUCCUAUGGCCUGACUCUCAAUUUGAAGCCCCGCAAAACGGAAGUGGUGUUGGCCUUUCGUGGUCCUGAUGCGCCUGCAUGUCGUCGUGAAUGUUUGGUCGCCAAUUUUGCUCGCAUUUCUGUUCCUCCUUUGGGACAACAUGUUCGAUGCGUGCCUGUGUAUGAGCACCUUGGCACCUGUUUUCAAGCAGAUGGAAGCAUUGAUGCUGAGAUCAGAUAUCGGGUGAGCCGUGCUGGCUUAGCUUAUCGCCAGAUUACCAAGUUGAUCUUGCGCAACAGGUACAUUGGUGUUAAUGUGCGUCUUCGUCUUCUUGAUGCACUUCUCAUGCCUGUGCUUUUGCACGGUGCUGGGAAUUGGCCACUGCUCACUGCCCAACAGGUCCAACGGCUUCAUACACCAUAUUUGAAAUGGAUCCGUACGGUCGUGGGCAAUGGCUUCUGGGCGCACAAUCAAUUGUCGGAUGUUCAUCUAUUGAUGAGUUGGCAGAUGCCAUCGAUUGAACUACGUCUGGCGAAGCAUCGUCUUCUUUUUGCAUUCCAUCUUUUCAUUGAUGCCCCGACUCAGAUCAUUGAAAUGGUUACAGCCCCUGAUGAGGCAUCCUGCUCUUGGUGGAAGGCACUACGACAGGCGCUUACAUGGCUCAUCUCCAUGGAUGCCACACUCAUUGCGUUUGAUCCCAUGACGGCCUCUCGAGCCAUUUUGCUUCAAUGGUUUGCUGAUCGACGUGACGAUGGUCCUCGUUUUGUUCGCCGACUCUACAAGAGAGCAUUGCUGCAAAACAAGGUCAUUGGCGAUGCUGUGACGGCACAUCAAACUUUGCAUCAUCAGCUGCUGCAAGGAGGAGUUACUUUUGCUCUGGAUGAUCCGGCAUCGGUGGUAACCACCCCCAAUUAUGAAUGCCGAUGGUGCGCAAAGACCUUUCUUUCGGUCCGUCAAUGGCAAAAUCACCUCUGGAGUGCACAUGGUGAGCCUAGCGAGGAAAGGAAAUUCAUGACCUCCACAGUAUGCCCGGCUUGUUGGACAUGUUGUUGGACGGUGAAUCGACUGCAAAUCCAUCUUCAUCAGAGCCGACGACAUCGGAAUGGAUGUUAUGAAAGACUCACUUGGAUGCACGAACCUUUGGAGGUUAUUGCACCUAUUGUUGAAACCAAACAGGAUGAUAGACACUUGCGAAUGCCUGCCACCGUUAUUCCUCAUGUGCUCUCGCAGAUGGAGACUCAAUGUGAGACUCGAGUGGAUGCGGAUGCCCGGUGGCUGCAGGCGUGCCGCAAUGAGGGUUUGAUUGACCCGAUCGACGAUGCUUGGGUGCACAACUGCAAGAUGGCCUUUGAUGCUGUUCUUCGUGAUCCAUCCUUGCAGACAUGUGUUGAUCCUGAUCCUAUCCUUUGGCGCUUGACAAACUUGGCGGAUGGUCAUGGCCUUCCUCCAGCGGCUGAGGGUCUUGGCGCGUGGGCUCUUGCUGUUUGGAUGUAUGAUGACCUUCGUUUUUCUCGAUUUGCUCAUCUCUCGGUGGACUUUUUUGGACGCUGUUUGGAGGCCAUCAGUCAAAUUGUUUGUCAGUCACCCGUUGGUAAGCUGGUAUGCUGGCGACGCCGCAUGGAUGGUGCCUUUUGCCCACAGAACAUUGUCGAGAAGGAUGCGCAAGAUUUGGUCACCGUGCGUGUGCGGGAGGUCAUCUUGGAUCCUAUUCGCGAUCAGCACUCUUUGCUUUGCUCUAUCCUUCAACGUCCUCUACAUGUACCUCUUUGCCGAGGAGUACCUGUAUGUCGAGAAGUCACCAUUCGUAUGGUCUCCCUGGAUACCGCUGUCCAUCCGGAGCUGGGUAACCUGGCCAAUGGUGAGAACUAUGACUACGUUCGACGUUUUGCACAUGGUGGCCAUAUUGCAGGUGUUCUUGCUGGUCCACCGUGUGAGACAUGGUCGGCCGCGCGGCACAUCCAGCUGGAUGAUGGCGCUGGGCCGAGGCCGCUGAGAUCGGCUGAUCUUCCAUGGAGCCUGCCUGAACGCACAGGGCAGGAAUUGAAGCAGAGCUCUAUGGGCACACAAUUGUUGAUGAAUACCUGGACCAUUGAAGUGGCGGUGGUCACCAAUGGAGGUGGUGCGAUCAUGGAGCACCCUUGGGAACAUCAACAACAGCCUGAUUCACAAGAUGAGCGUGCCUCCGUCUGGCGCACACAGGCUCAUCAGCAAUGGCUUAUGGCCCUGCCGGAUGCGGUCCGACACUAUGUGGAGCAGUAUGAGUACGGAGCGGCCGGAGUUAAGCCUACUUGCUUGCGGGCAUUGAAUUUGGGUGCUGCACCAGUGGUGGCUACGGCGCUACGUGAAGGAGCAGAGACGUGGCGCACUCGCCCUACGGCCGCGCUUGCCGGGCGCAAUGAGCGUGGCCUCUUUCGGACAGCCGCUGCCAAGGAAUACCCCAGCGCGCUGUGCCGUAGCAUGGUAGUGGCACUCAUUCGUGGGCUUAAAGCCCGUGCCCAUUUUGAAGGGUGGCGUGAACCCGCUGCCUGCACUGCCAAGGACAAGACUUGGCUUGCUGAUGCAUGGAGUGCGUCGGCAAAGGUCUUCAAAGACCAGGGGCAGGAGUUCGCACAG